GGUUUGUGCGGUGCAAAGUGGGCAAGAACUAAUAUCGUUCUGCUUAUUGGGCUGUUGACCGGGCGCGCGACGACACGCUCAUUUUCUGCGUCCGCGUUUCUCACUUCCGCUCGUAAGGUUCAGGUCCGAGGAAGCUUUUCUAAGCGACAGCCCAGGGCUCACACACUUCGUGCAGACAGCCCUGAGACAUUGCAGGAUGGAUAGCGCAAACUAGCACGGGGUUGUUUCAAGAUGAGCUUCCUGUUGCCCAAACUGACCAGCAAGAAAGAAGUGGACCAGGCAAUCAAGGGCACUGCGGAGAGGGUGUUGGUUCUCAGGUUUGGGAGAGAUGAAGACCCCGUCUGCCUGCAGCUGGAUGAUAUUCUUUCGAAGACAUCGGCUGACUUAAGUAAAAUGGCUGCCAUUUACCUGGUGGAUGUGGACCACACUUCAGUUUACACACAGUAUUUUGACAUCAGUUACAUUCCCUCUACUGUAUUUUUCUUCAAUGGGCAGCACAUGAAAGUAGAUUAUGGGUCUCCGGAUCACACUAAAUUCGUAGGAAGCUUCAAAACCAAACAAGACUUCAUAGAUUUGAUUGAAGUCAUCUACCGGGGAGCAAUGAGGGGAAAACUUAUCGUCCAGAGUCCUAUUGACCCCAAGAACAUCCCCAAAUAUGACCUCCUCUAUCAGGACAUUUAGCGCACUCGCUGCAGUUGCAGAUGAGAGAGGCACGGGUUGGAACAGGGCCGAACCCUGAGGGCCUGUGGGCUGCAGUCCCUCAGAGACACAUUCUCUGCCUCAGCAAAGAGAUCUGAUAUGUCUGAAGCCAACGGCCUCAGGGCAGAAGCCCCCGCGCUGCAAGAAUCCAGAUGCCUGAGUGUCCACUCCCUGAGAGCCUCAGAGCAGUGCUGCAACAGUGUUUGGGUGGGCUUUGUAACCCCCCUUUAUCUGGACUUCUCUUUAGCCCUGAGGCUCACGCAUCCUCCCUGACACCGAGAACAGUUUGAUCAGCCACGGUUACGCUCAUGCACCCUCUGCCCCGUGCCUCCAUUCACUUGCCCCUUGUGCUCCCUCCGAUCCCAGCUUCUCUUGAAAGAAUCAACACUAUGUUAGUUGUAGGUGAGUUCAUCGUUUCUGGCACAGACUGAAAGCGCUACCGUGGUCCACUCCUUUAUGGCUGGCAGGUUAUUAAACUGCCAAGAGAAAAGUGUGGCCCUUGACCGUCCUCUACAGUUAAAGCUAACCAAGAUAACUGGUCUUGGGAAGUAAGAAACGGCAGACGUCCCCAGGAAGCCGUGCCGCCACCCCUUGUAUGAAGGACUCAAGACCAAAAAGAUCUCAGAAUUGUUAACAGGGAAACGUCUUGUACUGUUUGCUAAUUCCAGAGGCAUUUGAAGAAUAUCUGAUGUGCCAAGGUCCCGUCAAGAAACUCUGUUUCUCUUACACCUCGUAGUGGUGUUGUCCCUGACACUCUGGAAUGAGGAGUAGAUACAGAGCUGGGGGGUUAUGGCCAGGCAGCUUGUGACCUGCUGUGCAGCAAGGGACUUGUUGCCAGCAGAGGCCCAAGAGUGUUACAGGCAGCGCUAUCAGCACGGCGCUGUCAUCAGCUGCUUUGUAAGCUUGUCCUUCAGGGAAAAGUGAAGUGGGACCUGGUUCUGACGGAUGGGGCACAGAAAGAAGGUUGUUUGGGCUUUCUCUGUCCUCUGCUUAAAGCUGAGAGCUGCUUCAGAGAUGGGGGAAGAGCCCUUCAGGGAUGGGGAAAUAUCCUCCUUAUGAUGCAUAGGGCUAUGGUAGCCACCCUAGACCUGUGGGAUGAAAAAUUAACGUGAAGAGAUGAAAGAGUCGGGUUCCUAAUGUUACUGAAGUCCUAGGCUAACAUUAAACUUUUUUCCACAUCCCUCUGAAAAAAUAAAAUGUCUUUGUCUAA